UACGACAACACUGGUUCUCGGGAACAAUAUAUAACAAUUCACCCACCUGAGAGGCCUCACUUAUCUCCCGCACGCACACAACCCACAUCGCCAGCAGCGCCAACCAUAAGCGACCCAGCCAGAGGAGGCAGACGAAGACCGUAGCAGAUACCAAAAAAGGAAUACACAGUGUCAGCAUGAUUGCGACUAUAACGAAAAAGUACCAGAAUGUGGUGAUUAGCACGGGCAACAUCAUCAACACGGAGCUUGGCCAGCGCAAGUCCAACGAGGAGCUGUACGACGGCCUGCAAAUAACGCUCCACAGCGACCCGAGUGAGGAGCGCGUGGUGGCGGAGGUACAGAUCGACGAACAGCACGGCCGGGUGCAGCGGGCUACUCAGGAGCUGAACAGUCGCCUGACGGAGAACGGACGCAAUGAGAUUAGCAUCGGCGCCAAGAUAUUCCUCAACCGCAACUCCACGGAUUGCGUCAAGCAGGCGGUUGAGGCGCUGCUAAACAUACUCAACGUAACGCAUGUGGACAACGUGGUGCUAGCCUACCACCCAAACGCCAGUGCGGUUGCUAGCGCAACGUCAGCGGCCACAACAGGACCAGCCAAAUCGCCCUGUUCCGAGGGGGGCUCUGCACCGGCCAGCGCCAGCAACUGGAGCCUACGCAACGGAACCGAGGGACUGUCGGAGCUGAAGGAGCUGUACCAGACCCUGGAGCAGUACGCACUCAAUAAGCAGAUCACGCAGCUGGGCAUCGCAGAUCUGGAUGCAGCGGCGCUGGAGAAGCUUCACACAACCGCCCAAGUGGCCCCAACGAUUGCCCAGGUGAAUCUGUCCACCUGCUGCGUGGUGCCGCCGGAGCUGCAGGAGUUUUGCGCCGCCCACGACAUCCAGCUGAAUACGCACAGCGACCCGGAGCUGCUGCUGCCCGAGGAACAGUUCGCCGGACUGGCGCCCGGCUACACAAUCGACUGGUCACUUCGCUACCAGGUGCACGUCCGCUGCCGCGGCGUGCUCACUGCCAAAGGCUACAUUGUGGGCGCCUCGCGGGCCAGUGCUUAGGAUUAAUCCCGAUCAGAUGCUAGAUUAUAGUUUUUAUGUUUGUAUGUAUGCUCGUAUGCUGUGUGUAGUGGUGUACUUAUUGUUUGUUAUACAAAACCCCGAUGAGGAUUCGAAGCCGAUCGAUUGAUUUUACUGUAAACGAUUUUCAAUACCUAUUCUGAACAUAAAACGUUUCAAAAACGGCAA